UUGCGCAGCAGUGCGGGGUGCACGCGCGUCCUCGAGGCAGAAAGCCCGUUUGGUGAGCUGGUCCGCUACUGCAACAACUUUAAAAACUGAUUCAAGUGAAGGCCAGGGAACAGAUAUCCAGUCAAGCAUGAUCACUCAAGUGAAUCCAGAAGAACAAACUGAUCAAUCUUUAAAGAUUGCUGGGAAUAAAUAUUACAUCAUCAAACUUGAAAAGACAUUUAAAUGUCAUGAAGAUAUUAUUGGAAAAAUCCCUAAAAUACCGGGUCUAGAGGAGGUGAAUUCUGAGGAGGAGAGUCAUUUUCUAGUGGUUUUCUGCAUGAUUGCAUCAAGAGCAGGAACUGACAUUGAAGCUGCACUGAAGGAGCUUAAUAAACUUUCAGAGUCUAAAACUGCCAUUUUUAUGGUGCUGCAUCACACAUUUGACCGAGAGAAAACUGUACCAGACAGCAGCAGGAGUGUAAACAGGAAAAAUACGCUCACAGUGGAUUUUCUGUUCUAUGAGGGUGAAGGACUCCUGGAGUGCAUGAAAAAUACUGAAGCAUUUAUGAAGAUUCAUAAAUGUCUGCCACCUCAGAUUGAGCCUGGCUGGUUUUCCUUGGUUUACAAAUUCUUUUCAAACAUGUGGCAGGUGAUCAGUCCCUUUGUGUACCCAGAUGCACAAGCUGAAGAGCAGAAAGGUGAAACAGGUGACAAACAGAAGACAACAUUGUUUGAAGAAAUAGAUGUACUACUGGAGGACCAAGAAGAAACUAUUGCAUCAGUACUUCUGAUUGUCCUGCUGGGCAUGUCUGGAUCUGGGAAAAGUGCAGCAAAAGGCAUAAUAUUUGGGGGAGAUGAGAUAAGUCAGGAUGGUUUCUCUGCAGCCACUCAGAAGAUAACAGUAGAGAGAGGAAGAUUAGGUAGAGACCAGGUGUCUGUGUUAGAUACUCCUGACUGGUUCAGCUCUGGGUUCUCAAUGGAGCAAAUUAAGCAAAACAUACAACUCAUUAGUAUGUGUUCCUCCGGACCUUAUGCUUUCCUUCUAGUCUUACCAAUAAAAAAUGAGUUAACUAAAGAGGAAAGAGAGAUGGUGAAGAAUAUGGAGCAGUUUUUAGAAGAGAUAUCCAGGGAGAGGAUAAUGAUCCUUUUCAUUAUUACUGAUGAACAAGAAAAUCAAAACAUAGAUAAGAACAACUUUCUCCAGCACUACCCGAACUACAAGGAGCUGGUGAAAAAAUGUGGUGAAAAAUUUCAUUUGUUCAGUUUUAGUCAGAUAGGGAAUCGAGAUCAGGUACCAGAGCUGCUGGAGAAGAUAAAGAAGAUGGUUGGAGGAAAUGUAAGUGAUGUCUGUAAGGAGGACAAGCACCAGACAACUUCUAAAACUAAAGAUGUAAGGGAGAUAAAUUACAUUCAAGUACAACUGCCUAAAUCUCAGCGCACAGUUUGGACCUCAGAAUCUUGUGAAAGUGAUAAUGAGUUUGUAGUUGUUGACAAUUUCUAAAAAAUCUGAAGAAAAUCACAGUUUGCUUAAUUGAUAAAAUUAGCAUCUGUGUUCACAUUAUGGGAUGCAUACAGAACAACUUUUAAUUGCAGAAUCAACAGAAUAUAUAAAUGACUGAAAAACAUAUAAUGUAUAUUAUUAGAUAUGGUAACUAUGUUGACAUUGAAAUCAUAUGUUGACUUUGAUAUCAAUUGUAUCAUUUUUAAAUAUUUUGUUUGGAUACAGUGUUUUCACUAUAAGUUAAAGCUUUAUUGGUUAAACAAAACAUGUUGUUAAAAUUUUGUUAGUACAAUUUUUGGCAAUUGAUGUGAAGUAUAUAGAUUAAAUGUAGGUGUUAAGUGGAUGCUUUUUAUAUAAAGAGCAUUAAAUGAGGAAACAUAAAUGUGUCUGUAUCCCCUUUUAGUUUUAACAUGAUGGAAUAAAGUUAUUAAAAAAAGUUUGCCAUAGGCCUAAGUGAUGUUUCUGUGGUCACUAACAACAAAAAAUGCACCUGAGCAAUUCCAGCAUCAGGAUGUGUCUUUUCAGUGAAUAUUUACUAUCAAUAUAUUGAGCCAUCUGUUUACAUUUUCCCAAACCCCUGAUGAUGUCCAGACAUCAGAAAAAUAUCAAUCUAUACUUAUGAUUUCUAUUUUAGAUAAGAGAAACAUGUGUUUUAUGUAUGGGAUGAAAUUGACAGAAGUUUUUGGUAGACUUUGUAAUAAUUCUGUGAAUUAAAAUGCUCAAACCAAAAGCAAUAAUACCCAAUAAAUGAAGGGAAGGGAUGACUCUUCAAGAGCAAAUAAUAUCUAGUUUAUUUUCAUUUUCAUGUGCGCAUUUAUGAGGAAGAAACAACAGAUGUUACAUUUCUCCAUUAUGGAUGUGACAGAAAAAGAAAAAAUACAGAAAAGCAGCAUGAAUGUCCUAUGUGUGCUAUGUGCU